ACACACAACAGGAAGAAGAUCAUCCACGAAACACAACAUUAUUUUACAAUAUAAUUAGAAGAUUAUAGGUGGAACAAUUAAUUGACAGCUUUGAAGAUAGUAACGAUACGAACCUCAACCUCGAAUAUUAAUUUUUUUAUGGAGUGCGAGAUGGAUCACAGCAGAGCAAGAUACCCUUUUAGUAUUGUUUGGACGCCCAUACCACUUCUCACAUGGCUAUUCCCUUUUAUUGGUCACAUGGGCAUCUGCAUGUCGUCUGGCGUGAUCAGGGAUUUUGCUGGACCGUAUUUUGUAUCCGAGGACAACAUGGGAUUCGGCAGACCUACAAAAUACUGGAGACUAGACCCUAGCAAGGUGAAGGGUGGUCCAGCUACCUGGGACAGGGCUGUAGUGGAGGCUUCCGAGGAGUACAAAGGGAGAAUGCAUAAUUUGUGUUGUGAUAACUGCCAUUCCCACGUCGCAAUGGCUCUGAAUUUGAUGGAAUAUGACAACAGUAGCUCCUGGAAUAUGGUGACGCUGUGCUUCCUUUCAUUAUUUCACAGCAGAUAUGUCAGUUUUGGGGCAUGGCUGAAGACUUGGCUGCCAUUUCUGGUGCUGGUUGUGAUAAUUGUAUUGACUGUUUAUUUCACAAUUUGAUUUAUAACUAAUAACAUACCUAAGGUGCUCUGUCUAGUCGAAGAGAUAAUACACAAAUUUUGUUAUUACGUAUUUAAAACUAUUUAAUAAAUAAAUGAAAUAAAAAUAUGUAUUACUUGAUAAGAAAAGAUUUGCUUACAUCACACGUGGAAAUAGCCACUUGCUGUCAAUUUAAGAGACCUAAUCGAUUGAAUAUCAGUAAAUUGUGCUAACUCAAAUACCAACAGGUGGAAAGGAAUUAAAAAAAUAAAAGUACCAUUAUUUUUUU